UUUGAAUUUAAUGAGGAAGACAAAAUUGAAUUUAACGAAGAAAGCAAUAAAGCUGAAUCUAAUGAGGAAGACAAGAUUGAAUUUAACAAAGAAAAUAUGGUAAAUGAAUAUAAUCAUCCUAUAGUUAAGGAUGCAAGAGUUAUUUCUGAAUAUCGCCAACUAACUCGAGAUGCAAAAUGCAUAGCCAUGCAAAUGCUGAAGGUUGGCACCAAACUUAGUAUGAUAUAUGAAGCCAUUAGAGACGAAAAUGAAGAGUCAACUAUGACAAGAAAAGACAUCUCUAAUUUGGGCACACAAAUUUAUCUUACAGAAGAAAAUACAUCAAUAGAGGUGUUAAUAACAAAUAUAGAAAAAAGAGGUGAUACUAAAAAAAAGAAAAUCGGUUCUACUAAAAAAAAGCUAAUUAAAGAUGCUAGUUCUUCGCAAAAUGUUUUGGUGCUUCAUAUUGAUA